AUGAAGAAAAAUAUCCAUGGAACAGGAAAUGUUUGUCGUCAAGUUUUUUGGAACUUUCAGGCUCAGAAGAGAGUAAUGCAAACAGAACAUCACAUUGGUGAAGGUGUGGCUAAGGAUUUUGUAAGGAGCAUGUUUGAAGGCAAAGGACAGCGUUCUCUUGGAGAGGAGGCCUAUCAAUGCAGAACUGUAAAAUGUACAGUAAUAGAAUCACAUUUUGAGCCAUUUGUCAAAGAGCAGCUGCAACAUCUGACAGGUGAUGUAAGUGAGGAAUCAUUUAUGAAGGUUGCAAAGGUGAUCAGAAAUGGAUUCUAUCUGUACAGUACAUCAUGUUCCAAGGUAAAAAAGCAGAAUUCUUAUACUGUUGCUUUGGAAUCCACAACCAAAGAUGGAGAAGUUGGCAUCGAAAUUGAACAGUUUUUGUUGCACAAGAGUUCAAAACAGGUUUUUGCUGUUGGGAAACUCAUGAGAGAAAUGGAAAGUGUAUUGGAGGGAUAUAUUUCUCAUAUGAAACGCCUUGAAUACAGCAGGAGAAUUGUUCUGAAGUGUACUUCAUUGAAAGAACCUAUGAUCAUCGUCAAGAAUCGAGAUGCCCUUUAUGGAUCCCUGUUUCCCAAUCAUUUUGAGAGAGACUGAUCAUUGAAUUUGUAUAUAAUAAUAUCAAAAGUGUAUGUUUAAGUUAAGUUAUGCUACAACUCAAAAACCGGUGAUGAUCAAGUGUUUUCUUUUAAGAAGAAACUGAUAAUACAUAAAUGAUGAU